CCCGCGCCCAGAGCACAGCCGGUGGGGCCCGAGUCAGGCUGCCCGGGUCUGAGGGGGCAGCCCGGAUCUGAUCGGGCUGAGACUCCGGGUCGGAGUGCCAGGUUCCCCUGGCCCGCGCCCAGUCUUCCCUUGACACCUGCCUCUGGCGCGCGCGGGGUUCCAGCCGGGUACCGCAGUUGCCCUCGAGUCCAGACACUGUCAAGCCUCGAGGCCUGGGAGUGACCCUCAGGCGCGGUGUCACAGGACAGCUACAAUCAGCGCAGGACCAACGUGUCCCCUGUCUGGAGGACUCCAGGCCGCCCCUUCGUCCAGCGGGCCGGGCCGGGUCGGUUCCCUCCUUAUGUUUAGCCCUGCCUGGCCCUGUGGAGACAUCUUCUGAACCCCAAUGCUUUUUGACUGGAGCUGCUGAUUUUGACAUUGCAAAGGCUCAGCGCCCUGCACUGGGUUAUGCAGCCUAACCCUGAAGAAGCUGGCAGUUCUCAGAGAGCUGGAAAAGGAGCUGAUGUCCGUGGUGAUUGCAGUCAAGAUGCAGGGCUCCAAAAGAGUCCUACGGUCUCAUGAGAUUGUGCUGCCCCCCAGUGGACAAGUGGAGACUGACCUAGCCCUGACCUUCUCUCUUCAGUACCCUCACUUCUUGAAGAGAGAAGGCAACAAGCUUCAGAUCAUGCUGCAGCGCAGGAAGCGGUACAAAAACCGGACAAUCCUGGGCUACAAGACGCUGGCCGUAGGCUCCAUCAACAUGGCUGAGCCUUCUACCUGGGAGCAGGUGAUGCAACACCCUUCGGAGGGUGGCCAAGUCCUGAGCCUCUGCAGCAGCAUCAAGGAGGCCUCUGUCAAGGUGGCUGAGAUCUGGAUUGUCUCCCUGUCCAGUCAACCCAUUGACCACGAGGACAGUGCCAUGCAGGCUGGCCCCAAGGCCAAGUCCACAGAUAACUACUCUGAAGAGGAGUACGAAAGCUUCUCCUCUGAGCAGGAGGCCAGUGAUGAUGCCGUGCAAGGGCAGGAUCUGGAUGAGGAUGACUUUGAUGUGGGAAAGCCUGAGAAGCAGCGGAGAUCGAUUGUAAGAACGACGUCCAUGACCAGGCAACAGAACUUCAAGCAGAAGGUUGUAGCGUUGCUGCGGAGAUUCAAAGUGUCAGACGAGGUCCUGGACUCAGAGCAGGAUCCCGCAGAGCAUGUCCCUGAGGCAGAGGAGGACCUGGACCUCCUGUAUGACACACUGGAUAUGGAGAACCCCAGUGACAGUGGUCCUGACAUGGAAGAUGAUGACAGCGUCCUCAGCACUCCCAAACCCAAGCUCAGGCCGUACUUUGAGGGCCUAUCACACUCCAGCUCGCAGACAGAGAUUGGGAGCAUCCAUAGUGCCCGGAGCCACAAGGAGCCUCCAAGCCCGGCCGAUGUGCCUGAGAAGACGCGGUCCCUGGGAGCCAAGCAGCUGAGUGACAGCAUCUCGGACACGGUGGCCCUGAGCACACCAGCCCCACAGGAGCUGGCAGAGCCACCUGAGGACAGCCCUGAGACUGAGACCUCCACCCUGGAUGUGUUUACUGAGAAGCUGCCACCCAGCGGGAGGAUCACCAAGACAGAGUCUCUUGUCAUCUCAUCCACCAGGUCUGAGACAAAGCCAGCUGGCCGCCGGGGCCGGAGCACAUCCCUGAAGGAGCGGCAGCCAGCACGACCACAGAAUGAGCGGGCCAACAGCCUGGACAAUGAGCGUUGCCCAGACACGAGGAGCCAGCUGCAGAUCCCCAGGAAGACUGUGUACGAUCAGCUGAAUCACAUCCUUAUUUCCGAUGACCAGCUCCCUGAGAACAUCAUUCUUGUCAACACCUCUGAUUGGCAGGGGCAGUUCCUUUCCGAUGUCCUGCAGAGGCACACACUCCCUGUGGUGUGCACGUGCUCCGCCGCCGAUGUACAGGCAGCCUUCAGUACCAUUGUUUCGCGGAUACAGAGAUACUGCAACUGCAAUUCCCAGCCCCCGACCCCUGUGAAGAUCGCAGUGGCAGGAGCGCAGCAUUACCUCAGUGCCAUCCUGCGGCUCUUCGUGGAGCAGCUGUCCCACAAGACACCUGACUGGCUCGGCUACAUGCGCUUUCUCAUCAUCCCGCUGGGUUCCCACCCCGUGGCCAGGUACCUGGGCUCCGUGGACUACCGCUACCACAACUUCUUCCAGGACCUGGCCUGGAGAGACCUGUUCAACAAACUGGAGGCCCAGAGUGCAGCACCACCUCCUCGUGCAGUGCAGGACACACCAGACAUCGUGUCACGCAUCACCCAGUACAUCGCAGGGGCCAACUGUGCCCACCAGCUGCCCAUUGCUGAGGCCAUGCUGACCUACAAGCAGAAGAGGAAAAGGCACUUUCACUUUGACUUUACCCUAAGCCCUGAUGAAGAGUCCUCCCAGAGAUUCAUUCCCUUUGUUGGGGUUGUGAAGGUUGGGAUUGUGGAACCAUCCUCUGCCACGUCAGGUGACUCGGAUGAUGCAGCCCCCUCAGGCCCAAGCGUGCUAUCCUCCACCCCACCAUCCACGUCGCCUGCAGCCAAGGAGGCCUCACCAACCCCGCCAUCCUCCCCAUCAGUGAGUGGAGGCCUGUCUUCCCCCAGCCAAGGUGUCGGCGCUGAGUUCAUGGGGCUCCAGGUGGACUACUGGACAGCAGCACCUCCUGCAGACAGGAAGAGGGAUGCCGAGAAGAAGGACCUGCCCACCACCAAAAACACGCUCAAGUGCACUUUCCGGUCCCUCCAGGUCAGCAGGCUGCCCAGCAGUGGCGAUGCCACGGCCACACCCACCAUGUCCAUGACUGUGGUCACCAAGGAGAAGAACAAGAAGGUGAUGUUUUUACCCAAGAAAACGAAAGACAAGGACGUGGAAUCCAAAAGCCAGUGUAUCGAGGGCAUCAGCCGCCUGAUCUGCACGGCCAAGCAUCAGCAGAACAUGCUGCGGGUCCUCAUCGACGGCGUGGAGUGCAGUGAUGUCAAGUUCUUCCAGCUGGCCGCGCAAUGGUCCUCGCAUGUGAAGCACUUCCCCAUCUGCAUCUUCGGACACUCUAAGGCCACCUUCUAGCCUCAUUCAGAGAGGGGCAUGCCACAGGACUGUGGAGAGGCCCACGUUUCCUUAACAUUUCAGUUUACUACAAAGACAGAUCCUUAAAAACACAAAGAAACAGUCUUAAGUACAAAUGUGCUCGCAGCUGGAAACUUAAGGUCAGCUCCCUGCUGGAUGCUGAGUAAUUGCUCUGCUUAUUAACCAGACAUUUGGCCCAGCAAACACAAGGCUGUGGGGCCCAGGGAGGUUCAUUCCAGCACAGGAGGCCCCAGACCCUACAGCAAGGAGGGUUCUGCCUGCAUCAUACCCUUUCCAGAAGCCAGGACACUGCGUCCUCCAGGAGCUCUGAGUCUGGUGGUGAGAGGUCAUAGGUUGCAGGCUCACUCAGCUUCCUGGCAGAGGACACCCCAGAUCCCAGCUCCACCCAUUCGGGGCUCCCAAUAAACUCUAGCCUCCAGGGAGAGGUUUUAUAGUAGCAUAUCUUUCUAAUGCUUUCAAAUACACAUUACCAUAUAGCUGCCAAACAGCUGUUGCUCUCCUGAAGUCCCCAGCAGGUCCUGUCCAACCUCAUCCCCUCACUGGUCUGACACUGAGGCUGCCUUAGCCUGUCAGUCUCAGGGGUUCCCUGAAAAUGUCCCAGUGUCCAAGUUGCUCUGCUGCACCAUCCAUCCACCCCCCAACUUGCCUGCUGUCCAGGAGUGUCCAGGACUGGUCAUGUCGGUAUCUAGGUUAAGAUUCAAGGUUUGUGGUCAACUGAUGAGCAGGUGCAUAUGUAGGACAUUUAGCAACUAUGUGGCCAGCAAAGGAUCAAGCAGGCUGGCCUGUCACAGAGUCUAAGUACACCCACAGUGUUGGGACCCUCCUGGCCAUACUCCUGAGAGCAGCAUGUUGUAUUAGGAUCCUAUCCUGGGGGACACCCUGCCCCCACCCACCCAUGCCUCAGAAUUGUCCAUCUGACUGCCAGCCUCAGCAGGCUGACAGGGUAGGAGAAGCAGCUCAGUGCUCUUUUUCCAAAGUCCACACCUGGGGUCUCCUAGGAAAAGCCCCCUCCUUGGAAAUGGUACCCCUGCCGUGAACAGGGGUGGCCCUCCCAGAAACUGUGGUCCUGGUGUUUUGAGAGCUACACAAGCUGUGCUCAGAAAACAGUGCCAAACUGUAGGACCGGUCAAGUCACAGAGGAGUCCCCAUCUUGGGGAGAAAAUGGCCCAUUUCCUUACCUGUUACCUACCUGCUAGCCUGCUUCCUUCUCAGGUGGCUAAACAAACUCCAUUUUGUCCAGUGUGUGGGGUGGGAGCUGGGGCUAGUGACUAGGUCGGGUUCUGUCCCAUUGCCUUGAGUGCAAACUUUAGACAGCCUGAGAAUGUCCUUCCCAUGAACCCUGUGGCUCCCGCUUCACCUAGGACCAGAUCCUGAGGCACUACUUAGCGGACAGCCUCUGCAAAGGGCCAGAAAGGGAUCAGGCUAGCUCAGUGUCAAGUGCUGGAAACGUUGGCCUUUGGGUUUCAGAGCCUGUUUUACCUUUGUAACCAGUUUCUUCCUAAAAAUCACCAUUGGUAGGGAUAUAGCUUGGCUUUUUAGCCUGCAGGGCACAGGAGCUGCCCAGCUUCCUGCAGUGGGCAGCCCUUUCUUGGAGACCACCUCCCCGUGACUGGCCCCACAACCCCACUCUUGCUCAGGUAAGGAAAAGAUGUGGGCAGAGCCCAUCCCAUGGCCAGGCCUGCAGAGUAAGAGCCCAUCAGUCCUGCAGUGAGUGCUGUGUGGUCUCCACUACAGCAGGCCGUGUUAGGGAAAUGUGCAGGUGGAAACCUGGGCCGCACGCCUCUCACUGCCUCAGUUUCCCAUCAGUUAGAGGGAUAGUCGCAUUUUCCCUGCCUACCUCAUGGAGCUGUUGUACGGAUUCAUGGAAAAGCACUUUGACCUCUGGAGGGGUGAGAAGCCAAAGCCAUCUGACAGCUGAUAUGACCGCACAGUGGAGAGUGGGUGUAGGGAUUCCCUGCUGGCAGCGGGCUGCUCUGCUCCACCAGUCACGGCGGGGCCAGGCAGGAGCCGCCCUUCCAGCCGCGUGCUCGUCAGUCCUGGCGCCGCGGCUGCCCGCCCUGCAGAAGGGCCGCGGGGCCGCCCCCUGCUCACAGUGACUGGUGUCUAUGGUGUACGUGUUGCUAAUUUUUUUUAACGAGAAGCAGGAUUAAUGUAAAUAGCAGACGCUAAUCUGUCCCAUGGGGACGACUCUAAGGUGCUGAAGCGACAUUAAUAAACUGAGGGCACUCUU